AUCUAUGGUUGUGUGCGGUGGAUUUCGUGACGUUAACCUGGCGGCCCUGAAAACGCCGUGUGGACCGGCCGCGCCGAUUUUCGUGCCGCAGCAGCGAGACAUCGUGUCGUCGGGUCGUCGCGAGUGCGCGAGAACGCGAGUGUUUUUUAAUCGCGGUGGCCCGUUGUUGCUGUCGCCGCCGCCGCCGCCACCGCCGUCGCAGCCGCAGCCGCAGCCGUCGUCGUCGCCGUCGUCGUCGUGGUGGUUGCUGCUGCUGCUCGCUAACACUGGUGCUGCUGGCGAACGGCCCUCCGUCGGGGAAUACGUUAUCCCGAGGGAAUAGCUCGCCGCGCGGAGAUCGCAGCGGAAGCGGCGACACGAAGAAGAGGCGGCGAAACAAGAGGAGGAAGAGACGUGAGUUUCGGCGAUUCUACGGGC